AUGGCCACCACCGAAGCUCCACAGGGCAACCUGCCCACAGCUAUUGUCUGUAAACCAACCGCGAUCGUCUGCGUAGGAAUGGCUGGCAGCGGAAAGACUACAUUCAUGCAACGAAUAAAUGCUCAUCUACACGCGCAGAAAGAGCCUCCCUACGUGAUCAACCUCGAUCCCGCGGUUCGGAACGUCCCCUUCGACAGCAAUAUCGACAUUCGGGACUCAGUGAACUACAAAGAAGUCAUGAAGUCCUACAAUCUCGGCCCCAACGGCGGUAUCCUCACAUCCCUUAACCUCUUCGCCACAAAGAUAGACCAGAUUCUCAACCUCCUCGAGAAGCGCACGACCCCGGAUCUCGCAAAGCCAGAUGCAAAACCUAUAAAGAAUAUCUUGGUAGAUACGCCAGGACAAAUUGAGGUAUUUGUCUGGAGUGCAUCGGGAAGCAUCCUCCUGGAUUCUUUAGCUUCGACGUUCCCGACAGUUAUUGCGUACAUCAUAGAUACUCCGCGGACUGCUUCUACAAGCACCUUUAUGAGCAAUAUGCUGUAUGCUUGCAGUAUUUUGUACAAGACGAAGCUACCGAUGAUUCUGGUCUUCAACAAGACAGAUGUUAAGGAUGCAGAGUUUGCCAAGGAAUGGAUGACGGAUUUCGAGGCUUUCCAGGCUGCGUUAAAGGAAGAAGAAGAGGCGGGCAGCUUCGGGGGAAUGGAAGGAGGCGCCAUGGGAGGAGGAAGCGGAUACAUGGGCUCACUGUUGAACAGUAUGAGUUUGAUGUUGGAGGAGUUUUACAGCCAUUUGAGUGUGGUUGGAGUCAGUUCCAUGACUGGCGCGGGCAUCAACGAGUUCUUUGAAGCAGUGGGAGAGAAGGCAAAGGAGUUUGAGAGGGAUUACAAGCCCGAAUUGGAACGUAGAAAAAAACUCAGAGAGGAAGAAAAGCAUGCCAAUAGAGAGAAGGAGCUAGGAAAACUGAUGAAGGACAUGGCGGUGUCCGGCAAGCCCUCAUCAAAUAAAUCAGCACCGGAUAUGGACACUUUGAGCGAUAUGGAGGAAGAUGACUCAGAGGAAGAUGGAGUUGGCAAUGAACACGAAGAUGAAGGACUCAGCACAAGAUACAAACAAGCGUUGGCUGAUGCCGGUGGACCGUCAAACCAGGAUAACCACAGCUUCACGAGGUAUCUGCGAGCUAGCCAGAUGAAUAUGUAG